UGUAGGUGGAAAAACAUGUACUUUAAUUUGACACGUGAGAGUUGUGAAUGUUGUGUUGCAGAGAUGUUCCCGGCGGUUGCUCCUUAUCCUUCAUACCGACCGACUUCCAUUCGCUGCUCUAACGACCGACAGGCGCUUUUCAACCGCAUUGCUCCUGUCUAUGAUAACCUGAAUGAUUUGCUGAGCUUGGGUCAGCACCGGAUUUGGAAGCGAAUGGCUGUUUCUUGGACUGAAGCAAAAAAGGGUGAUCGUGUGUUGGAUGUCUGCUGUGGAAGUGGUGAUUUAUCCUUUCUCUUGUCUAACAAAGUUGCCUCCAAUGGCAAGGUGAUUGGUCUUGAUUUCUCAAAGGAGCAACUAAUGGUUGCCUCAUCACGAUCGUUUUCAACGAAUUGCUUCAAUAAUAUUGAGUGGGUUGAAGGUGAUGCUCUUGACUUGCCGUUUUCUGAUGCUUGGUUUGAUGCAAUCACUAUGGGCUAUGGUCUUCGAAAUGUUGUUGAUAAGCGUAAAGCCAUGCAGGAAAUUUUACGUGUGCUGAAGCCCGGUUCUACAGCAUCCAUCCUUGACUUUAAUAAAAGCAAUGAGCUACUAACUUCUUCAUUUACGGAGUGGAUGAUUGACAAUAUUGUUGUCCCUGUAGCCUCUGUAUAUGGCCUUUCAGAUGACUACAAAUAUCUCAAAAGUUCAAUAAGAGAAUUUUUAACAGGGAAGGAAUUGGAGAAACUUGCUUUAGAAGUAGGAUUUUCUACUGCUCGACAUUAUGAGAUCGGUGGAGGCCUCAUGGGGUGCUUGGUAGCUAAACAUUAGAUGACAUUUAGGCAUCAUCUUUGUAUACCAAUAAAUUCCAACCUCCCCUGUUCAGGCUGUAUAAAUAUAAACUGCUGUUAAUUCAAAUGCAUUAUAAACAAACGAACAAUGGCUCUUUUAUUGCCUGACAUUCUGCUGUUAAUUCUAUUUGCAGUUUCAAGGAAA